AAAUAUGAAUAAACAGUUUGGUGUAUUAAUAACUACAUUGUCCAUAAUGCAAUGCGCUCACGAGCCUAGGACUGCGACGGCAGUGGCGAGAAGACGUUUGUUCAUUUGUAAAACUUCGAGAUGGAUCAAGACAAUUCUGAGGAUGAGUCUUUAGGCCCAUCAGAGGAUCCUUCAGAAGAGGCACCACCAUGUCUUCCUCCAGGACUUUUGGACAGUGAAGCAAUGGAACUACUGUGGCAAUAUCGAGCCCAGCGUCGCCAGUCAUCACCUGAACUCCCAGAGACUGUGACUCGUCUUAUUUCCCCCGAUGGCAGCCUGUUGUACCUGGUGGGGACUGCCCAUUUCAGUGACAGCAGCAAAAGAGAUGUGGCUACGACGAUCCGUGCUGUACAGCCCGAUGUGGUGGUUGUGGAAUUGUGCCAGUACAGGGUGUCCAUGCUGAAGAUGGAUGAGAAUACAUUGCUGAGGGAAGCCAAAGAGAUAAACCUUGAAAAGGUCCAGCAGGCCAUCAAGCAGAAUGGCUUGAUGUCUGGCUUGAUGCAGAUUCUCCUGCUCAAAGUUUCCGCUCACAUCACUGAGCAGCUUGGCAUGGCUCCCGGAGGGGAGUUCAGGGAAGCCUUCAAAGAGGCCGGACGCGUGCCAUUCUGCAAGUUUCAUCUUGGAGACAGGCCCAUCCCUGUGACGUUCAAGAGGGCCAUAGCUGCUCUCAGCCUAUGGCAGAAGGCUCGUCUUGCCUGGGGUCUUUGUUUCCUUUCAGACCCAAUCAGCAAAGAGGAUGUAGAAAAAUGUAAACAAAAGGACCUGCUUGAACAGACCAUGUCAGAGAUGAUUGGAGAGUUUCCAGCUCUUCACCAGACCAUAGUGGCUGAGAGGGACAUCUACCUCACGCACACGCUGCGCCAGGCUACACGCUGUGUCGAAGCUCCCCCUAACGCCCAUAAAGUGCCUGCUGUCGUAGUGGGAGUUGUCGGAAUGGGUCAUGUCCCAGGCAUUGAAAGAAACUGGGAUAAACAUCUCAACAUCAAUGAAAUCAUGAGUGUUGCACCCCCAUCUCAGUUUGGAUGGGUUUUGCACACGGUCGUGAAAGGUGUCAUGAUGGGAAUGCUGGGAUAUGUCUGCUACCGUGCUGGAAGGAGUUUGGUUCGAGCUCUGUUGUCUUCAUCUGCAGUCUCAUCAGUUGUGGACAAUCUACGACCAUCUCCUGUUUGACCUCACAGGUCAGCUGAGAGAUAUCACAGACCGACUCAUUAGAUUCAUGAAAACCGUGCAUCUUUUACCUAUGGCCUUAAAACAAGUUGUGGCUGAAAGGAAGGGUUGCCAACCCUUAAGGAACUCAGGGUGGCACCACAUCUUGUGGUGCGCCAGUGGAUAUUCAAGGGCUUUACUGCCAAAGAAACCUACACAGGAUUAUGUCAUUUUGUGAAAAGGCUUUAUUCUGUUAAGUUGAAAAAAUAAUACUGUGGUUUGAAUGCUUCAAAGUUUACUACUUUUUAAAGAUUGAGGGAAUUUAUUUUUAAUGGGUACUCAAAUCCAUAAGGAAUCAUCUUCAGCCAAAUGCCCCGGCAAUAAUUCCAUAUGAUUUUUCGCUUUCCUUAGCCCAUUCUCUUGCCACUUUAUGGUUGGCUAUCAUUUUAUAUGUAUUGCAAUGAAAUGAACUAUAAUACCAAAUGCAAAAAUACCAUGUUUUUUUUUUUCUUGCAACUUGCUUUUAAAUUUUGGGAUGAGUGAGUUAUGUGAUUAAAUUCCUACAAAAUUAUUUAUUUGGCAUAUAUUUGUAGACUUUGAUUGACAUUCAAAGUUUUCCAAGUUCACAGUCUUGCUUAUGCUUAAAAGUGCCUCUCAAUGCUUCAACAAGUACCAGUAUGUGAUUUUUUUUUCGUUUGUUUUAUAUACUGUCUUGUUUCUAAAGGGCAUAUUUUGGUUAUAAAAUGGUUAUUUUAAAUGUAGACUUAAGAUCUGAUACAUAGAUUUCAAUAUAACCAGUGCCAUAGCCCCUACAUUCAAUUGCACAUCAUUGCAGGUAAGGCUUAUUUAUGUUCCUCAGGGUUAGUAAUGUAAUGUAUUAAUAGUAAUCCUCAUCAUUGUCACCAUCACAGACCAAGAGGACUAUUAAAAUAAAGUGCCCAGAUUUUGGCAUUGA